AAUCAACCUUAAUGUGCCUCAUUUUAUGACAAUAUCUGCACUUCAAGUUUCUAUGUCUAGAUUUAGAUCUACUACUGUCAAAUUUCCUUUUAUCUGUUCUACCCCUAACAACUAGACCCUCAGUCUGAUUCUCUUUAUUUUCCCCAGUGAUAUCUCUGUCUAUCUGCUCUUUAGAUUUUAGUGUAGAUUUAAUUUCCUGAUAUGAAAUUGUUUCUUUUCCAUAAAUCAUAGUAUCACAGAAAUACUUAAAGGAUUGGGGAAGAGAACACAAAAGUAAUAGGGCCUUAUUCUCGUUAUCAAUUUUUACAUAUAUAUUCUCCAAAUUCAUAACUAAGGAAUCAAAUUUAUCAAGAUGUGAGAGUAUAGAUAUACCUUAAGUCAUCCGAAGCAUAUACAAACUCUGUUUUAAGUAGAGACGAUUCUCUACUAUCCUCUUCAUAUACAAGGCUUUCAGUUUGUCUCACAUGCUCUUAGUCGUAGUCUCCGUAGUUCGAUAAUUAACUUACAUCCACGGACGAAGGAGAAGCAAAUCACUACUAUAAAAGAGACAAUUACAAAUGCCUUAGGAAAAUAUUCUUAAGCCAUAAAAUAGCUCAAACUAUUUUAACUAAAUGUGACAUUAAUAGUAAGUAAAAUCAAAAUAAAUAAUUAAGUUUUUCUUAUGUUGCAUAUGUUUUCAAAACCCAGACUUUUAUUUAUAGUUACAAUAGAAAUAAUAAACUUGAUUUUUUCGACUAUACGGGACUUACCGAAGAGUUGCACGGUAAGCCGCUCGAAGAGAAGGGAGAGGAUCAAAAGUAAGUUGAAAGGUGAGGUCUUAGGACAGAGAGAAUCUCGACAUGAAUCAGGUUCGAUGCCAAAUAGAGGAGAAGCGAAAGGAGAGAGAGAGAGAGAGAGAGAGAGAGAGAGAGAGAGAGAGUCUCUCGGACGCUUAUAGCCACUUGAGUAGAUGGGCUGAUAGUAAUCAUGACAUGGGCUUUUCACGUCUUGGGUGCGUGUGGAAUCAUCAGUUCGUAUUGGGGCCAUAUCUAGAAUCAAUAACUCUGUUCACUAGGUGGUGGAUUACCAUGAUGGAGCAUGCCACGAUGGUGACGUGUGAUAAUUUCUGAGAACAUCUCGCCACCGAAUUCAGCCCCAUCCAUCCAUUACUCGGAGUGGAGAUGAAGGUGGUGGACGCGUCCUUUAAGGUUAAAGCGAACUGAAUGUGUAGAUGCUUACUUUUUUAUGUGCAGUGGAGUAGUUUAGAAUAGGGAAUUCAUCAUCCAUCGCCAACCUGAGACGCGCACAGGGCCAUCAUCCAUCAUCUAUAAGCUCCCCUCCCCCCUCCUCACUGCCUCUUCUUCGUAUGACCCAAGACAACUUGGUUCCCACCGAGACAGUUGGGGUAUUACGUUCCAUGGACCGUCGCGUCUAAUUGGCACGGUGUAGAAGAGAGGGGGAAAAGUUGCCACACCGACAACGACCGGCACCGACGUCGGGGCUCCAAAGGUGACCGACCCCCUUCCCAAUUCUCUCUCUAUGGUUCUCAAAAUGAGCUAGUCUGCACUUUCUCAUCUCCGAAAGCCAAGCGUGUUGCAGUAACCAAGUUCCUCUCCUGUUACCGUCCCCACCACGACUUGCAAAUUCUGGCCUUGUCGCAACAACGCCUCUCGAGUUCCGUGUCUUCUUGAACCGCGGCCACGUGAAUGAUGCUUAUAGUAUUAGUAAUUGCGCGUGACUAUGCAUGAAAGAUGGGUUCUCGUUUGUAUCAUGUUGUCUUCAUGUAAAAUUUGCCAUAACCAUGUAGCCUUUUACUGGCACAAGGAUCGGUUUCUCUAUCGCCACCGCCAACGCCGGCAGGUUGGUGAGACGAAUAAGACCUUGAGCGUUCGGUUUGGCGUUUUCUAGCAAGCAGAUCGGUUUCUCUACCGCCGCUUCCAAUCAAAACAGAGCAUGUAGCUGAGAUGAAUAAGCCGUAGGAGUUUUUUUUUGUUCUUCUUCGUUGACCUAUAGCAGUUUUGGAAUCUACACAGCCUACAUGUGUAAUGUGCCGACUCGCCAGAGAGCCAUACGCACCACCGUAGGCAUAUGCCUAUGCAUCGACGGCGACAUCGAGUUAGACUUAUAUAUAGAGUUAAAACAUUUUGAGACCGAGCUUACACCGAUACAAUUAACUAAGUCACAACAACGACGCCGCAGCAAAGGGUGCCGCCUUUUCUCGCUCGCCUGCUUCCUCGUUGUUGCUUGAUAAAGCUAUAACGCUUUCAUUGCUCCUCGACUGGCACCGAUUCCUUUACACAGAAAGGGAGGAGGAGAGAGUGGUGAAGCGGCCAGCCCAGGGGAGUCCGGAAGAUAUGAGUCAGACGCCGAAAAAGCCCGGAGAGGUUUUCUGGCCCAAGAUAGUUCUCAAGAAAUGGCUCAACAUCAGAGCCAACGACUCCGAGUUCAGCGCCGACGAGGGCGGCGACGAAAGCGAUCUUGAAGAGGAUGAAGAGAACUGUGGUUGCGAGGGGAACGAGGAGAGGAGAGCCAGAGGGCUUCAGGCCAAGACAAACGAUGACAACCUAGAGAGCUUCCCAUACAAGCUGAGGAGGAGGAAUUCAGAGACCUUCCGGUCACAGUAUAUAAACACCAAGGAACUCAGGGUCUGCGUCGGGACUUGGAAUGUCGGAGGACAACAUCCACCAGAGGAUCUAGACAUAGCAGAGUGGCUGGACACGGAGGAGCCUGCUGAUAUCUAUGCACUUGGUAUCCAGGAGAUCGUUCCCUUGAAUGCAGGUAAUAUCUUUGGUGCUGAGGACAGCGGGCCGGUUGCAAAAUGGGAACAUCUCAUUCGUAAGACACUAAAUAGGAUUCAACCCAUAAAGCCAAAGUAUAAAUGUUACAGCGAUCCUCCCUCUCCGUCCAGGUUCAAACCAUCAGAUGAUGUUCACUUCACCGUCGAUGAACUACUCUCUGAGACUAAUAGUGACACCGAUGAUGACGAUGAAAUUUCCACAAGUUCAGUUGAUUCGAAAGGUCCCGUGGCUUCUUAUCUUGAUCAUGGUGAAUCAAACAUACAACAGGAUCUCGAUCAGAAUAUGCCACCCGCCUUAAAGAGACUUCAAAGGUUGAAUCAUUUUACUUCAUUUGAUUACGAUGUGAACUCAGCAGCCACAACAAUUCAGGAAAAGAAGCUACUGAGGACCCUCAGCACUUCAGAGAGGAUUGGGUUGAUUUGGCCAGAACAGCCACUAGACUUGUUAGCCAAGCAUGCUUUAAGUAAUUCAACUUCCUUUAGGUCAAUUAGGUCUUUCAGAACUUACAAUUCAUUCAAGCCUGUGCACAGUAAGCUCAAGGAUUCAUCGGAGGUUGGCCUGGUUCCUGAUCUUGACCUGAAUGUUAUUGGCUUCAAAAAGAAAAGGCUGGCUUUUGUGAGGAUAAUAAGUAAACAAAUGGUUGGAAUUUACCUUUCAAUAUGGGUUCGCCGCAGUGUGAGAAACCACAUCCAAAACUUGAAGGUAUCUACCGUCGGUGUGGGUGUCAUGGGUUAUAUCGGCAACAAAGGUUCGAUAUCGGUCAGCAUGUCCAUAUAUCAGACCCCAUUUUGCUUCGUGUGUAGCCACCUAUCUUCGGGCGAAAAAAGCGGGGAUGAACUUCGAAGAAAUUCAGAUGUGCAUGAAAUUCAUCGCAGAACCCAGUUUAGUACGGUUGCCGGCGGUGCAGGAUUGCCUAAAACAAUCCAUGAUCAUGAAAGAAUUUUCUGGCUUGGCGAUCUAAACUACCGCAUAGAUUUGUCACCGGAAAAGACACAUGAACUCAUCGCCGGCAGAAAUUGGACUCUGCUGGCAGAGAGAGACCAGCUAAAACGGGAGCUCAAGAAAGGACGUGCCUUUGAUGGUUGGUCAGAGGGUGUCAUGGACUUUCCUCCCACCUACAAGUAUGCGUUCAACUCGACAAAUUAUGUGGGAGAUGACCAGAAGGGGGGGAGGAGAAAUCCCGCGUGGUGCGAUCGCAUCCUGUCGUUUGGAAAGGGUGUGAGGCUUCUGGACUACAAAAGAGCUGAGCUGAAGCUUUCCGAUCAUCGUCCUGUCACCGCCGUUUUCAUGGCCGAGGUCGAGGUAUUCUGUCAUAGAAAACUUCAGAAGGCGUUAACCUUGACAGACGCGGAGGUGGAAGAUGGAGGGACCAUGCCGGAUGUGGACUUCACCCUGGAGAUGGGCCUCGGAGAUGAUAUCUCCGGAUGGCUGCGGUAGACCGGCGAGUUUCAGCGACGUGCGGCUUCUUUGGCUCUCGGCCGUCGUCGACCCCUACGGUGCGCGUGCGCGCGCUGUUAUAAAUAGAUAUAUGUGGUAUCUGUCGUAUUGUGUGUGAUGGAACUCCUUACCGAAGUUAAAUGAUUUUUCUUUUUCUUCUCCUUCUUGUUGGUCGAACGAGGGAUUGUUGUUAGGUUUGUGAUGAUGUUCUCAAUGAAUAAGAUCGGGUUGGUUAUAGAUUA